GCCACUAAUCAAUAACUUUUAGCUACCAAAUAAUAAAAUAAACCCACAAAUCUCCAUGCAUUCACGGCCGUAGAACUCACACAUGCUGAUCAUUCUUCUCGGGUUUCCUGGCGCCUAGAACUCUGUGACCCCAUACCCAUUUCUAUUGUAGAUCUGAUCGAUCUGGGUUUACCAAGAAGAAGAAGAAGAAAUGGUUUAUACGCUUCAUGGGAUUCGAUUGUUGCAUCCAAUUCCGUCAGUUUGUUAUCGUGGUAGUGAUCGGAGGAGUGUUGUUGCUGCUUCCAGGCGCUGUUCGUUUGAUCGGAGGUUUUUAGGUGGAAUGUCAACGUAUGAAUCUGUAUCCCCUUCUUUAAUAGUUGCUGCAAAAGAGAAAGUGGUUGUUGUUUCUGGCAGCCAAAGGGAUGUUGGCGUUUCUUCAACCGAUCAAUUGGAAGCCCUUGAUGAAGAUUCCAAAAUAUUAGAAGGCGAAGAGACUCUGGAUGAAGAACAGGACGAUGAGACGAGUGAGAUUACAUCAGCGGUUUUGGUUGAGGAUGUUGCUGUUACAGAGGAAGAAACUUUACCUGACCUCGUUAUUAGCAAAGAAAGCGAGGCCGUCCAACAAACAUCCAUUUCUCCACCUGGAGCUGGACAGAGAAUAUACGAGAUCGACCCACUUUUGGGAAAUCAUCGUCAACAUCUUGAGUACCGAUAUUCACAUUACAAGAAGAUGCGUGAGUCAAUUGACAAGUAUGAAGGUGGUUUGGAGGCGUUUUCUCGGGGUUAUGAGAAGUUUGGUUUCACUCGCAGCGAGACAGGUAUCACCUACAGGGAAUGGGCACCUGGAGCUAAGUCUGCUUCGCUUAUUGGAGAUUUCAACAGCUGGAAUCCAAAUGCUGAUGUCAUGACCCGGAAUGAAUUCGGUGUCUGGGAGAUCUUUUUGCCGAACAAUGCUGAUGGUUCUCCACCUAUUCCUCAUGGUUCUAGAGUGAAGAUACGUAUGGAUACCCCAUCUGGCAUCAAAGACUCGAUUCCCGCUUGGAUAAAGUUUUCUGUACAGGCUCCUGGUGAGAUUCCUUAUAAUGGAAUCUACUAUGAUCCACCAGAAGAGGAAAAGUACGUGUUUCGACAUCCUCGGCCAAAGAAACCGAAAUCUCUUAGGAUUUACGAAGCACACGUAGGAAUGAGUAGUACGGAGCCGAUGAUCAACACCUAUGCCAACUUUAGAGAUGAUGUUCUCCCUCGCAUCAAAAAGCUCGGUUACAAUGCUGUCCAGAUCAUGGCCAUUCAAGAACACUCAUAUUAUGCUAGCUUUGGGUACCAUGUGACAAACUUCUUUGCACCUAGCAGUCGUUGUGGGACUCCGGAUGAUCUUAAAUCUAUGAUAGAUAAAGCCCAUGAGUUGGGAUUGGUUGUUCUCAUGGAUAUUGUACACAGUCAUUCGUCAAACAACACUUUAGAUGGUCUAAAUAUUUUUGAUGGGACGGAUAGUCAUUAUUUCCACUCUGGAGAACGCGGUUAUCAUUGGAUGUGGGAUUCUCGCCUUUUCAACUAUGGACAUUGGGAGGUACUACGAUAUCUUCUUUCAAACGCAAGAUGGUGGUUGGAUGAAUAUAAGUUUGAUGGAUUCAGAUUUGAUGGUGUGACUUCUAUGAUGUACACACAUCAUGGUUUACAGGUAGCCUUUACCGGAAACUACAACGAGUAUUUCGGGUUGGCGACCGAUGUUGAUGCUGUGGUCUAUUUAAUGCUGGUUAAUGAUCUCAUUCAUGGGCUCUUUCCCGAAGCCAUCUCUAUUGGUGAAGAUGUUAGUGGAAUGCCAACGUUCUGCAUUCCUGUACAGGAUGGUGGUGUGGGGUUCGACUACCGUUUGCAUAUGGCAGUUGCUGAUAAGUGGAUUGAGCUUCUCAAGCUGAGGGACGAAGAUUGGAAAAUGGGGGAUAUCAUUCACACACUUACCAAUCGAAGAUGGUCUGAGAAGUGCGUUUCUUAUGCUGAAAGUCAUGAUCAAGCGUUGGUUGGUGAUAAAACUAUUGCAUUUUGGCUUAUGGACAAGGAUAUGUAUGAAUUUAUGGCACUGGAUAGACCAUCAACUCCCCGUAUAGACCGCGGUAUAGCAUUGCAUAAAAUGAUCAGGCUUAUUACAAUGGGAUUAGGCGGAGAAGGAUAUUUGAAUUUCAUGGGAAACGAGUUUGGGCAUCCCGAGUGGAUAGAUUUUCCGAGAGCUGAUCAGCGUCUCCCUGAUGGGAGAUUUAUACCUGGGAAUGGUAAUAGCUUCGAUAAGUGUAGGCGUAGAUUUGAUCUGGGGGAUGCAGACUAUUUAAGGUAUCGUGGGUUACAAGAAUUUGAUCAGGCAAUGCAGCAUCUCGAGGGAGCUCAUAAUUUCAUGACAUCACAACAUCAGUAUAUAUCACGGAAACACGAAGAAGAGAGAGUAAUCAUAUUUGAAAGAGAGGACUUGGUUUUCGUCUUCAACUUCCACUGGUAUAACAGUUAUUCAGACUACCGUGUCGGCUGUUUACACCCUGGAAUGUAUAAGAUUGCCCUAGACUCCGAUGAUCCGUUAUUUGGAGGCUUUGGUAGACUCGAUCAUGAUGCUGAAUAUUUCACCUUUGAAGGAAGCCAUGAUAACAGGCCUCGAUCGUUCAUGGUGUACGCGCCUGCCAGAACUGUGGUGGUUUACAAGCUCAUAAGGGAUGAUACACCCGCGACUGUUGCCAAGUAAGUCUACUUGUUGCAUAGACACGUUAUGCAGAACUGUCAUGGUUGUCCAUUGAGGAAGUGGCAAAUGAGCAUGAAAGAGAGAAUGAGAGUGACGUAUGAUUCAGUCGUGCUGACAAGGCUCGGGCUGAAGGAGUUUUGAUAUAGUCAAGUCGUUUUUAGCUUUAAUAAACUGCGAUAAACGCAGUGUUCGGGUAGUUAAGAUCUCUGUUGCAGUGUACAGGCUUGUAAAACAGAUGUUUUUGGACUGAUUGUAGUUUAUACAUCAAGUAAACUUUUUAGUAAAUAAAUAAAGGUCUUUUUUAAUA